GCAUCUCAGCACUGCUCCUCUCCUCAGCUGUCACACUCCCCCUGCGCUCCCAGCUCGCUCCAACUUCUCUCUCCAAGUCCACUCGGCGCUGCUCCUCCUGUCCAACAUGUCCACCAUGAGUUACUACAUGGAUCCAGUUUCUUCCUACCCGGCCCUUCACCCCUGCGACCGUCUUGGUGCACUGCGGCAGAGUGGAGGAGUGGCAGCAGGACCGCAGACCCACAUGCCAGCAGUGGUGCACCCCCAACAGCAGUAUUACCCCUCCUCACAGCCCCUCUACCCCCCGGCAGACGUCCCAUCGCAGGAGGUGCCGAAUGGACACGACUUGUGCACUACAGAUCCAGAGUGUGGAGACGUCCCGCUUCUAACACCUGGUAGUAAAGAGAUGAUGUCCCAGGCCUUGAAAGCAACGUUUAGUGGUUUCACCAAGGAACAGCAACGACUUGGUAUUCCCAAAGAUCCCAGACAGUGGACAGAAAACCAUGUAGCAGAAUGGUUGACGUGGACAGUUAAUGAAUUCAGCCUUAAAAAUGUGGACUUUGACAAAUUCUGCAUGAACGGAGCAAACCUGUGUGCCAUGGGAAAAGACCGCUUCCUCGACUUAGCCCCGGAUUUUGUUGGUGACAUCCUUUGGGAACAUUUGGAAAUGCUUCAGAAAGAGGAUACAAAGCAUUACCCCAUCAAUGGACUGACCUCCAGCUUCCAGGAAUCUCGUUAUACCUCAGACUACUUUGUCAGCUAUGGUGUUGAGCAUGCUCAGUGUGUCCCUCCUUCUGAAUACUCAGAGCCCGGCUUCAUCACGGAGUCGUACCAGACGCUGCACCCCAUCAGCUCGGAGGAACUGCUCACGCUCAAGUACGAGAGCGAAUACCCCAGCAUCCUCCGCGACACGCCCCUCAACCCGCUGCAGGGGGACUACUGCUGCAUCAAACAGGAGGUGGUCUCGCCCGACAACAUGUGUGUGGGACGUCUCAGCAGAGGUAAACUCGGAGGCCAGGACUCAUUCGAAAGCAUCGAGAGUUUCGAGAGCUGUGACCGGUUGACGCAGUCUUGGAGCAGCCAGUCCUCCUUCAGCAGUCUGCAGCGGGUGCCUUCCUACGACAGCUUCGACUCGGAGGACUACCCCACGGCUUUGCACGGGCACAAACCCAAAGGCACAUUCAAGGACUAUGUGAGGGAACGCUCGGACCUCAGCAAAGACAAGCCGGUCAUCCCCGCAGCAGCACUGGCCGGGUACACAGGCAGUGGUCCCAUCCAGUUGUGGCAGUUUCUUCUGGAGCUUCUAACUGACAAGUCGUGCCAGUCCUUCAUCAGCUGGACAGGAGACGGCUGGGAAUUCAAGCUCUCUGACCCUGACGAGGUUGCUCGGAGAUGGGGCAAGAGGAAAAACAAACCCAAGAUGAACUACGAGAAGCUUAGCCGUGGUUUGCGUUACUACUACGACAAGAACAUCAUCCACAAGACUUCUGGGAAACGCUACGUCUACCGCUUUGUGUGUGACUUAAAAAGCCUGCUUGGCUACACGCCCGAGGAGCUGCAUGCAAUGUUGGACGUUAAGCCUGAUACAGAUGAGUGAAAAGAGACAAAGUUACAGAGCCAAGUGGACUGGGGUCUCAUUAAGUGGUCUUAACAAACUGUUUUUAGGGACCAAAAUGUUUUUAUCGACUAACUUGGACUGUCCACUCUGAGCACUUGAAUCUCAGAGCUUGUUUUAAAGAGAAGGCACAAGCCGAAUGUGUGUAUGCACAACCCUUUGCAUUGGAGAAACAUAUGAGCGAGGGAAUGUAAGUAUACUGUAAACUGGUGAUAUUUAGCAGCUCACAGCAGACGGGUAGAGUUCAGGUUCUGUUUUAUCUUAAUCGCACAACAAGGCAAAGUGGAAUGACCUUGGUGCAUAGAGGAAAAAGUGCCGCGAACCAAACGAAUUGGACUUAAGCUUGUAGCAGCAGAAAGCAGGUGGAAACUUUCCACUCUGAAUGUUUGCCAAAAUGUCUAAACAGAAGUGAAGAAGGAAAAAUGUCAUAUUUAUAUACAGUGAAGCACAAUUUUAUGUUUGACAAAGAGAGUGUUUUAGCUCGGACCAAAAAAAUGUCAGUUUUUGUCCUAGAUUUGUGCCAGUAUCAUGUUGUCUUUAUGUAAAAUGUCAGGCAUAUACUGGAAAGUGUUUUAUUUUCUUAUCUACCUGUCACAGAAGGUAUUUUCAAACCAAAUCAGCUUCGCUCUGGAUGGCUGUAGCUCUGACCUGCUCAGCACCUCUCAGUUCUGCAGUGGCAUUGUGCUCGCAGGCGUUGGGCACAUUACUCAUAGUAAAAGAGAACGACAGACAACUGAAAGUAGCCGUUGCUUUUGAAACUUACCGCCCAGUACAAGCUUUCACCUGGUUAGACACAUAUUGUGACUGAAACUUAUGCAUUGUUUUGCAUAUACCAUCAGUAUUAGCAAACUAUAGACAAUCUAAGAGCAGAGACUCAGACGCCUUUGGUAGGACUUGUUUUAUAUGCAGAAUUAACUAUAUUAUUAUUGUCACUUCACUGUCAAUGUUAAACUUGUUUUAGAUGUGUUUUUGAGAUAUGCCAGAUGACUUUGAAUCCGUUCAGUAUAUGCAGUAUUUUUUAAGUUGUCCCAGGAUAGUAUAAAGUAGGGCUCGAGAUGGUUAGUGCGUGGAUGUGGAAGACUGAGAAGACACCGGCGUCGAAUGACAAAAAGCGAGAAAAGUUGGAAAAGUUGGAUUUUAUUGAAAGUUUGCAUUAAAUGGAUUUGCUGACUGAGGGAUGUAGCUUUAAAACAUAAAAUAUAAGUACAGAGACAUGUAUUCGUUAUGUCUGUGACUGAAUGUUCAUUCCAUACAUAAAGGAAAAGCGGGAUGGCUUGCCUUAUGGGAAUUUCCAAAGCUGAAUAUUGUACAGUGUGAUUGUUUGCCAUGGCUAACUGUUGCCCAUAUGGGUCAAAAUAACUUGUGUGUUUGUUCAGACUGAAUUUCACAAAGCUGUAUUGAGACCAAGAUUAUACAAAUAAGCAAGGCACAAAGCGGAAUAAUAACCAAAAUUCUUGUGAGGUCUCGGGGAAAGUUGACAUUUCAUUUUGAGUACUGUUUGAGAAGUUGACCUGUAAAUAUGUCAUUUGUCUAUAAUUAAGAAGUGAAACAGACCAAUGCCUUUCUAAUUGAAUCCUAAUGCGACUAUUGGGCAUCACUGUACUUGAGCAUACGCCACACACUGUCUUUCUUCCCUUUUUAUUUUGUUAUUACGUGUUUUUAUGUAAGAGCUUUAGCAUAUUUACUUGUUUCUAAUGCCAUGGAGACAAAGCACAUGUCACAGCGGCCGUCUGUUUGGCCUCAUCCAGUUCACGCAUACGACGUAGACGCCAAUAUUCUGUAUCUGUUUGAAAAUGUCAGGAAAUAGAACAAUGUGGAGUGGCACAGCGCUCGCUCCUUUGCAGGUCUUGUGCUUUACUGGUAGUUUGUGGCAUAUGCAUAUCUCAGAAUGGAUUGUGAAGGAAGUAUUUUUAGAUUUUUUUUGUAUAUUUUAUAGUGUUUUGUAUUUUUGUUAUGAGAUCAUUUUAUUGUAUUAGUUUGCAAACAUUUGAAUAUGUUCAAUAAUUUAUAUUUUAUAAAAGACGAGACGCAGACAGCUGGUGCUUUCAUGGGAAUUUCAUAAAGGUAGCGCAGGACAACCUAAUGUAGCGAUGACUUUUCUUUUUUUUUUGGUUAUUUUUUUAUUUGUUUUUUUAUUCAUUUUUUUAAUAGUAAAUUCAACCUGUCUGCUAGAGAAAAGGCUGAUGCUGGCCCAUCAAUGAUUUCUGCUGGAAAGUUUUAUAAACUGUAGCUUCUAUUUCUAAAAUGUACUUAAUGUACUUCAAAUGUUAUGAAAUAUAUGUGAACAAAGAAUUUUUAA